AACCAAGGGUUGCUGAAUUAGAAGCCAAGCAAAAAGAGUUAGAAACUAAACAAAAGGAAUUGGAAUUCAGAGUAGAAGAAUUGAAAGAUGAAGUGGAAAUGGAGCGAGAAGAAGCUGAAAAGGCAUUAGAAGUAAGUAGAUUAGAAAGAUGGGAACCCAAAGUUAGUUUGUUUAUAGAGACUAUCAAAGCCAAAGAAGAUGAUUUGGACAAAGCUUUUGCAAAGAUAAAAUUACUAGAAAUCAUGGCAUGA